GGUACUACGUAGGACUUGCUAUCAGAAGCCCAAUAUGGGGCGAGCUUUCCGCCUCCUGUAAUUUUGACACAAGCAUCGUUUUGACAACUUCCGAAUCUUCUGAACAUCGCGCGCGUCUUCAGAGAAGCUAUAGCGCAUGAAGUCUUCGUCCCCAGAGCCAACACUUCGUGCAGCAGCCACCAUGUGAAUGCCUUAAGGCUUGCUCUCUUAGUUGCGCAACAUAUUCCACCUUUCGGAAUGGUUACCCUUAAAUACCAAGGGACCAGCGUCCCUUCAUCUCCUCCAUGCUGCCCGACUCUUUGGCACCACGAAGCCCCCAUCCAGGUGCUGGGGGCAGACGGCGUAAACAAUACCAUAGACAUGCCUGUACCCAAUGCAAGCGAAGGUGCGAGACGCCCACGACCUAUAGUUGGAGAACAAAGUAAGAACUCACGUUCGUACAGCAAACGUGGUUGUGAUCGGGACUGGGCCGUUGACGGCGGGAAGUGUUCGGUUUGUGACAGAUUGCAAGUCUCUUGCGACUAUCCGCUGUCUGAGCCUCCUUCGAACGGCGCUGGCACGCCGUUCCAGUGUAGCUCUAGUGUCAAUCUGCUUGUGACACCGUCAGAGGACGCCGGGAUUUUGGACGGUGUUGAACUUGCGGAAAGCCAUUUUCCAGGAAUUUUCGACCGAGAUCGGUUCACGGAGUGCUCAAUGCGUCCCAUGGAGGUAAAGCGCGAUGGUCAUGAACAUUUCAGUCCUAUGUUACAUUGGGUCUUCUGCCUCCUUCGCAAGAGCCUAGGACCGUAUGAAUCUCGGGAGCUCUUGGAGAAAGCAAAACGAGCUUUUGGAGAAGAGUUCGAGGACCCUAGUCUCGCCACCAUCAUGGCUACCAUCCUCCUAUCAGAGAUGCUGUCUAAGUUAGAAGAACCCUACUGGCAGUUUGGGGAGGAUUUAUUAGACAAUGCAUAUGCAUGGUUACAUUCAUGCCACAAGCGCGAUCUCCUGAAAAAUGUGCCUUCCAAUAAUAUUAGGCAACUUAUGGAGAAAGUCCGUGCGCUUGCUAAGGAAGCGGGAUUCGGGUUACGUGACCACUGCACCUAUGAGGCGGCUCAGCCUCAGCUGCCUCCAUCAUCGACACAUGAAUAUGCGCGACUUAUGAUCCCUCAAGCCCACGCGCAGAGCGUGGAUGCUACCAACAUGAACGCAACACCAGUGGAACCGCUCGAGGGCUAUUUGCUUCCCGGAUCCACGCUUGAUAACUUUAAUAGCCCUACCGCUACUCAGGAGCCUGCGAUCGAGCCUUGGAAGCUUAAUUUGAGUGACUGGCGAUCGUUUGCAUUAUACAACAGGCCCUAGGCCCUUCAUUUGACUAAUUGUGAUUAUUGAGAAGCUACCCCUGGUUGGUUGUGUACAUACGCUGGAAACGUGUGUAAGUGGAUUGAUGUGUUCGGGGCAUUGAGUUUUCAAUUCAGUGCCAGUACGGCAUGAUGUAUGUUUGCCAAGGGUCAGUGUUGGACAACAAGCCAUGAUGACGCGCCGGUACGCGUAUCAUCGGUUAUUGAUAUGAUACCUCUUGACCAUGUGUUACAUAAUUCACUGUUGCCUACGUUCCACAUGUAGCGCUUAGGUGCAAUUUCCUUAUCACUUUUGUCUGAUAUCCUUUUAUUACUUUAGCUACUUAUACCGCCGUGCGGGCUAUAAUGUCAACUAGUUCUGUU